AUUUGAUCAGCGAUAGGUAUGGCGUAGAAUUGAGGAUGUUUUGAUUAUCGUAUGAGUAAUCAAUCUUGCUAAUUAGAUUAAUUAUAGAACAUAACAGGUAAGUAGUGUAUAGAUUUGAGAGAUUUAAAGUUUAGGUCCAUGGUAUGGAUCGUGAUUGAGAAUGAACCGUGAGGUGUCCGGAGUGAUUUCCAAUGUAUAUAACAGUGAAUCGCCUCGCUCAAGCACAGCUGAUUCUUCAUCUGACAGUGAGAACACAAGCUCAUCAGAAAAAGAAUUCUCUGUUCAAGGGACUAAUUUUAAUCAAGGCCAACUAAAGCUUACCAUCUCAGCUAAACAAAAAAGCUCAUCCUCAUCAUCCCUAGGUUAUGAUGAAGAACUGGGCUCCAGACUGAAUGAAGUGGACAGUGUUUUUGUUGACACAGGGCAAUCAUGUAGAACCAACCCAGAGCAGUAUGUGAGAAAAUCCUUAUCAAAGAUGGACCUGAAUACUGCUGAUUGCCACCAAGACACAAAAGAAUCCAGGUUUGAUGCUUCAGGAUCCAGUAGAAAUCAUGAGGACACUUUGGAAAAGUCAUCAGAGGGAUUUCAGAAUACAUUCCACCAAUUUUUACAGUAUUCAAACUCAAAUGAAGGUAUUCAGUUGUCAGAGGAAGGCAGAACAACAAAGAAUAAACAUAUGCAAGGAAAUAAAGAAAAAUUGUCCAGUAAUUGCUAUGUCCUGUUGGAUAAAGAUAGCUCUCCAAUGAAAAGGCAUUACAAAAAGUGUGCUUCAAAGUCAGAUACAGUUCAUACCGUUGGAAACCUUGACAAAAUUCGUGAGAAAACUAAAUCUUUGGCAUCAAAAAAGAGGAAAAUUGGUCUUUUUUGUAAAGAAAAAGAAGAUGACAUUUCUCAAAGUGAACAAGAAAUGAAUGAAAUGUGCAUUUCUGAAUCUGCUGGUCAAGAUUCACAUGACAAUAUAUUUGAGAAAAUGAACAAUGCUCUAAGCAACAUAUCAUCAGAAGGGGAAAAUAGAUUACAAAAGAAAAGAAAACCACCAAAGACUAGUAAAUCAAAGCAAUGUAUUCAAAAUAGUGAUAUAGAAAAGGAAAGUGAAAGUCCAUGUGAAAUAAAUGCAUCAAGACUGGCUGCAGAUGUGGCCGGAAAUGAGUUCAUUUUCAGGAACACAAGGAGUGGGGAUGAAUCUGAUGCUAUGUCGGAUCGCACACGUCCAGGAAGUGUUCAUGAUCAGCAAGAAAGUUUUGCUAGGUUGGACAACAUGCAGUCUAAUGUGUCACCAGACAGUGGAAUAUCUCUAGCAGAUUCACCAGUUGGAAACGAAUCUCCAGGAUCUGGAACCUUGUCUGAUAUUGCAUGUGUUAGUUCAAAAGUCAAUGUAGUUGGAUAUACUUGUGAUCCUUGUUAUGUUCAAACAAGUGAAAGAAAUAAUUCUGCUGAAACAACUUCUUGUGGCUUGACAACUGCAUAUGAAAUGGGUGAUACUGUGAAUGAUGAACCUGUGGUUGAUUCACAGAAAUCAUACAAUAAGCAUGAUAAAGAGCUUGAAAUAGGCCCUUCACACUGUGAUAGUUUAGUUGUGAAUACAAACUUGGGUGAUAAUAUUCUGGGUUGUUGCAGUAGUAGUGAUACUUCAUCAUCGCAUUCGCCUUCACCAAAAAAGAAAAGCAUUGGCCGUGUACCAAAAAGAGCUGAAUUUUUGCGACGCCACAAGAGUAGUACAUUGUUGACUACGGGUAAAAUGCCAGUUCAGAUUGAUGACACAAAUACUAAAGACGACAAACCAUUUUCAGUGCCAUUAAUACCUGGUCCUUCAUUGCAAGAGAGACUAGCAGAAUGUCCUGACAAGGUUCUGACAGAAGGUGAACCACUUAAGUCAAAGAAAAGGAAAUACAUACGUCGUAAACAAGUUAAUGAUAAAGUUAUUCAGAAAGCAUUUGAUGUAUAUGAGUUUCGUGAGGGAGAUAAACCAAUUAAAAAGCGAAGUGUUGGGCGUCCUCCAGGUCGAGGGAGAGGAAAGAUCUCAGCAAGUGGAAGGGGGCCUGGUCGGCCACCAGGAAAGUUAAAAAGGGGUCCUGGAAGGCCACCCAAAGUAGUUACCUCACAUGUUGUAAAGAGAGGACCAGGGCGACCCAAAGGCUCCUUGAAUAAAAAAACAUUACUAGCAAGAGCUAGUGCAGUGUUUUCUAGUUGUGUAAAUCAUAACUCUCAAAAUACAUCCAUUGGUCUUCAAACUAAUAAAAAUGACUCUACAGGAGUAGAAUCUGACUUUGUUCUUCCCGACAAUAUUUUGGACCAUUUAUCUCAAAUUGAUGCCAAUUCAGACUUAAUUAACCUAUCAGACAUAUCACCAUCCAAGUCAUCCGAGUCAUCACUUUCGGAGGCUCAAAACAAUUAUCUGCAAAACUUAUCUGAUAUCUCUCCAGCUAAGUCAACAUCUAGUGUGGACAGUUCUACAUUUUCCUUCAAACCCCCCAUUGUUCAAAUGCAUGCAACAUCUCCCAUUCAUGAACAAAAACCUCCAGAAAAGAGAAAAGUGGGAAGACCAAGAAAACGGCCAUUGAAACCUUUGGAGUCUGAAGAUUCUGAUAGACAGGUGAAUGUCCUAAAUUUGUCACAUGAAGAUAAAGAGACAGAGGAUAGAGAACUUGUAUCCAUUAUUGAAAGUGUGCAGAACUCUAUUUCUUCACAGUUUCAGAACCCAGGCAUAUCAACUCUGGAUGAAAUGCCAGAGAGUUCCAUUGAAGAUGAACUUAAUUCCAUUGAACCUUCUUUUGAUCCUGUGCCUUCUGUUAAUCAAGAGCAUGGUAGUGGAUCAAAAUUAAAACAGGGUCCAAAGAUCCGCAAACCAAAAUUGCAUGUUAUGAUGCGAAAACAUGGCAACUUGAAAAGCAAAAGAGGCCGGAAAAAAAAGUACACUGUCACUCCCUCGGAAUCCUUGGGGUCUAAUUUUACAAGCAAAUAUGGUACAUUGUCAUCCAAGUUUAGGUUAUCGAGUGCUAAGUCAUUUGGUUUUGCAAGUAAACCUAAUAUUCUGACACCCAGUAUUCUUGACUCGGAUCCAGAGGAGGACAUAGGGAAUAGGAAUUUUUUGCAUAGGAUGAAACAGCAACAGAAACAAAAGAAGAAAAAAGAGAAGUUGAUUAAUUUCCGAUCCAAACAUAGAAACAUUGUUGAUCCUCGAUUUUUGACGGACAUGGAGUAUGUGAUUGAUAACUUUCAUCUCUUGGCCAUUUCUCGACCAGAGGAAACCUUCAUAAGAGUAAAGCCAGGAGAAGUUCCAUUACCAAGUAUUUUCAAGCUUACCAAGAUCAAUGUGAAACCAAAGAAAAAAGAUCCAAGACACCCCUUUGAAACUGAGAAAGUGAAACGGUUAAAAACUUCACGCAGGGAUUUUGCUUUUCAGAUAAUGGAGAAAAAGUCCAAGAUGAAGUCAUUUCAUAGGAAAAUGUUCAGUCUGAAAGAAAAGAAGUUUUCAGCCCCUUGGGAUUAUUCUGAUGACAACUUAGAUUUGCAGCAGUAUGUUUCAAAUGUUCCCCCAAAGAAGAGACAUAAGUUUUUGUCGGAUAUUCCUCCAACAACAAGAACUGUGUCUGAUGUGGGAAAGGAGUCAAUUCAGCAGCCAGGAAAACGGAAACCAGGGCGACCCAGAAAGAAUCCAGUAUUAAAAUUAAACUUGGAAAGUAGAGGCAAUGAAGCAAUGCAAAGGAACAUGCCAGUAUCACCUUCAUGUCUCAGAAAUUCCUCCUUAAAUGUUGUUACCAAAGAUGUAAGAGAAAGUAGUAUAGACGCUCAGGGAUUAAUUAAUUCAUGUGAAUCUCCUAGAAUUCCAUUGGCUACAGACAAAUCUUAUAAGAAUAACUCAGUUGUGUCAACAGAUUCAAAUUUGAAUGGGUUUCAGGUUAAUUCAAUAAGUGUUCAAACUGAUUCAGAAUUGUCUUGUGUGGAUUGCAUACAGUUGCAAUGUGGUUCAAAAUCGGUUCAUCAUAAAAGAGGUCGUAAGCCUGGCAGUUCAAAAGACUUAGGUAAGGGGACUUUAGGGCAGUUUUCUAAGUCCUUUGCAACCAAAAUCAAAGAAAAACUUCUCAGAGGUAGAAAAAAGAAACGGAAAGUGGGGCGUCCCCGAUUAAGACCAUUGGAAAACGAUCCAAAAGUGGAGAAAAUCAUCCACAGAAAGAAAUCUCACUCACGACUCUCUCCCAGCAAACUUCAUCCACAAGUGGAAGGGGACCUUGUGUGCAAUAAUGUGACUGCUGAUAGAGACAGUGUAAUUAAUACCAUUGAGUCUGUGAUACGAAAUGUGUGCUCAGAAUACGAACCUCUGCCAUCAAAGGAACAAAAACACUGCUCCAUUUCCUACUUGGAUAGUGAUGAGGAGGAAUAUGUACCAUCCAAACGUGUUAAAAAACGAAAUUACUUGAAGACUAAGCUUCCCAGUACGUCCACAGAGGCAUCUGACUCUGACAUCAGCAACAAGAGAGAUGGGACAGGAUUUCCAAAGAAAAAAUAUCAGAAAGCUGGUCUCUUCUCUGACACUUACAAGGAAGACCCAGACACAAAGAAGACUCACUCCAGUGGCAGCAUGGGCAAAAGUCGUGAAAAGGUGGUGUAUAAAAAACAUGGUAGUCUAAUGCCACCACCCAUCCAUGUGGGCAAACACCUCAGAGAACGUCAGUGUGACUUUCUGCUGUCGUACGAUAUCUGGUGGCAACUGAACAAUGAUCUGUUACCAAAGAGAGAGGGCCAUGAAGAAAAGUAUAAAAAGAUCAGAAAUAAUAUUCAUGUUGAUGUCAAGCCAGUCUGUGAUGAAGCACAUCCGUGUACUUGUAAACGACCUUAUGACCCAGAGUUAAAAGGUUGUGGUGAGGAAUGUCUAAACAGAAUGAUGUAUACAGAGUGUGACAUAAGUACCUGUCCUUGUCAGGACCAGUGUCUUAAUCAGCGAUUCCAAAAACAUGAAUGGGUGUCAGACUUGGAUGUCAUAGUCACAAAAGAUAGAGGAUAUGGUGUCAAAACAUCGGAAUCUAUAUCUAGUGGUCAGUUUAUUUUGGAGUACCUGGGUGAGGUUGUUAGUGAGGUGGAGUUUCGGCGGAGGAUGACAGAGGAAUACUCCCAGGAGAGACACCACUACUGUCUGAAUCUUGACAGUGGAGCCGUCAUCGAUGGCUACAGGAUGGGAAACAUUGGUCGAUAUGUUAACCAUUCAUGUGAACCUAACUGCGAGAUGCAGAAAUGGAAUGUGAAUGGAGUGUACAGAAUGGGACUGUUUGCUCUGAAGGACAUUUCACCAAACACAGAACUCACAUAUGACUAUAACUUCCACUCCUUCAAUGUAGAUGCUCAGCAACUGUGCCAGUGUGGAAGUGAGAAUUGUCGAGGAGUGAUUGGAGGUAAAACCCAGAGAGUGAAUGGUCAAGUGAAAUCCAAAGGUCCAGGCAGACCACCCAAGGAUAAACGGAAAUCCAAGAACCGACUGAAGAAAUACAAAGAAAAGAAGUCCUCAAAAGACAGCAGUGCCUCCUCAACAUUGUCCACCAUGAAACCUAUGUCGCAAAAGGAACGUCACUUUGCCAGAUCUCAUGCCAUCUUCCUUUUGCGGAAUAUUGAUAAACAAAGACACAUUAGUCGUAAAGCACCAGAAAAGCUGAACAAAGAAGGAGAGUAUAUGAAAGCUACAGGGUAUACCAAGAAAGAUGUCUUUAUGUCUCAACUGACUGCCCUCAAAACAUCCAGAUCUGUAAAAACAAGACGACUUGCAUUGGCAGAAGAAAACACAGAGGUGACACAGACUGCUAGACUUGCACAAGUUUUUAACAGUGUGUGUCGACAGGUCAUGGAAUACAAAGAUAAGGAAGAAAGAGACCCUGUUUCUACUUUUGCUCUGCCAUCAAAGAAGAAACACCCAGAAUAUUACACAGUUAUAGAAAACCCCAUAGAUUUCCAUAUCAUUGAGAAAAAUAUCUUAUCAGGGACAUACUUGGAUCUUGAAGCCUUUGAUAAAGACAUGAAUACAUUGUUUAAAAAUGCUGAGAGGUACAGCGGUAGGUCCUCCUGGAUGGGUCAGCUGGUGGCAGAGCUUCGUAAGGUGUAUGUCACGGCCAAAGCUGAGGCUUCACCCAUUCUGGAAGAUAUUCUGGGAGAAGGAAGUCUUCCGUCCAUGGAGAAGGAAACAACAGAGACAGAGACCAUAGAGGGACAAGAAGAAGAAGAGGAAGAAGUGAUCCGAUGCGUUUGUGGAAUUUUUCGAGAUGAGGGUCUGAUGAUCCAGUGUGAAAAGUGCUUUAUAUGGCAGCAUUGUGACUGUAUGAAGGUCAAGGGAGAGGUUGAGAAUUACCUGUGUGAGCUUUGUCAGCCAAGAUCUGUUGAAAAAGAGAUACUGGCUGACCCUCAACCAGAUGAUGCUACAGAUGGAUGGACCUAUUACAUGACACUGAUGAGGGAUGAAAUUCAGAUUCGUGUGGGAGAUUGUGUGUAUGUGUUACGAGAGGUGCCCAAACCAGAGGAUCGCAUUCCCAUCGAUUCUGUCAAAACCUCAUACAGAGUCAUCUCUGAGAUAGGGCAGGAUAAGCUUGAUAUCUUCCGCAUUGAACGUUUGUGGAAAGAUGAAAAUGGAAGAAACUUUGCCUUUGGUCAUAACUACUACAGACCUCAUGAAACAUUCCAUGAGCCGUCCAGAAAAUUCUUUCCCAAUGAGGUAUUCAGAAUGCCUAUUUAUGAAAUCAUCCCAUUUGAUGCAAUUGUGGGGAGCAGUUGUGUGAUGGAUUUGAAUACUUUCUGUAAGGGACGUCCCAAAGGAACACGUGAACAGGAUAUUUUUAUUUGUGAAUACAGAAUGGACAAGACUGCUCAUCUCUUCUAUAAAAUAUCUAAACACCCGUAUGUCAUCAAUACAAAAUCCUACUGUUUUGACAAGUAUGAGAAGAGACUGAACCCAAAGCGGACAUACUCUCCCCAUGAAGUACCGGAGCAAUACAAACGCAAGACUGCCUGGGAGGAGCGUUCACAGUCAGAUAUUCCCAAACGCAAAAAAACAAUAAAGGAGCAUUUACAAGACAGUGCCAAAACAGAAGAGCAAAGAGAAAUGAUGGUCAAAAUAGAGGAAGAAAAGAAAAGAGAAAAGACAGAACACAUAAAUGCUAUUGCAUUAAAACUUCUGGAUCAAGCCCCAAAGAAACAGAGGCUGGAUGUGUCAUAUCUCCUGGACAAGAAACGACAACAGAAAAAACCACAUGUUCUUGAUGUCUGAACAGCUGUGCCAAAGAAACCAUCACUGCUGUAAUAACCAAGAAACUCCACUAGACAGUUUUUCAAAUAGCCCUGAAUACCAGAGAGAGAGAGAGAGAAAGAAGUAGGCCACAAAUGGAUUCUUGUAAUAUUAACACUUAUUCUGCUGACUCAAAAACUUAUUUGUUAAUAAAGGUGCUUUGGGUCUACUUGGUAAUAAAAGUGGUAGACUUUAAAUGCUUUAUGCCAUUAUAUUGCCAUUUGAACUGAGGGCUGCCAUAAGGUGGGGGGAUCUAUUAAGAGAAAUGAAUUUUAAUAUAAUCAGUAGUUUUUUUCUAAAUUUAUGAACAAUUUACUACAUUUACAAUUUUAGUGUUGUGAAAGGAACUGGUCCACUCUUGCUAAAAAAAAGUCUUUAAAGAAAAUAAAUUCUCUUAAGAAUUUAUGAAAUGAUUAAAAUUCUCAAUUCUUGCAUUGAAAUUGAAUGAAGUGACAUGGGCAGCUGAAGCAUAUAUUUAGAAUAUGUUCUCGUUCAUAAUUCAAAGAAGGAAGUGCCAUACUAUAUUUACCAAAUGACUGUGGAUCUUGUUAAUUCUCUGUUUGUGUUUUUCUUCUUGUUUGCAUUAACACAGUAUUUCGAAAUUUAUAGAAUGGGAUCAGUUUUCCAACUAUCUGUCCUCUGUUUGCCUUUGCUUAAUACUAGUGUUUGUGAUGAGGACAUGCAUAAUUUGAAGAAGACAUGGCAAUUAUUUAUGUUUUAUUAUACAUGUAUUUGCAAAAAUGGCUGGUCUAUGUAUCUACAAAUGGCUUUCAUGUUAGUUGUUUGUGUACCUUGUUAAUUGUUUGGAUUGACCUAUGCAAUGAGGAUUAUUGACAGAGAGAUACAGGAUGUAUAUACACUGUAUUGUGUAUACAUUGAUGUAAAUCUGUGUGCUUGUACAUUAUUGUGUGUGCAAUCUGCUUUGGUAGCAUUUAUUAUCCCAUAAUAGUUCACAGCUAAAGAGAUUGUUCAUCAUAUCUUAUUUAUUUCUUGGGGAUGUACAUAAUUUUGAAUCCUUGUCAAUGAAUGUAAAGUAUCAUACUCACUACAUUAAUGGAACAAAUAUUCUUAGCUGUGUGACUCGAUAGGGUCAAGUUAUACACAACGCAUAGAUGUACAUACAUGUAGAAGUUGGAUGCCAUUAGAAAUUGCCCUGUAUAUAGGCAGCAUAUUUUGUAUUACCAAAACUAAAUUGUGUCGGAAGAAACAAAAAAGAUUGCGCCAUCUCAAAUCCACAAGCAUGAAUGACUUAUUUUGCUAGCACUUCAAAGCUCUUCCUCAUAAUUUAGUGGCGGUUGCAAAAUAGAUCAUUAUUAUUUAAAGAUUCACAGGGGUAUUAUUAUGGCUGAAUCAAAGAAUAAAAUUCUUGACAUUAUAUUUAUAAUAAUUGACUUGGGGAGUAUCAAAUACUCUUUUUUUUUUUUUUUUGGCUGGAUUCUGUACAUAUUUGUCCAGCUUUGUACAUUAUGAAUGACAAUAUUAUUGUAACAAUAUCUGUAGAAUUUGUGUUCUGGAAACCAAAAUUUUACAUGUACCUGUGUACAGCCGUCUUACUUGUAUAGUCAUUUUUUUAAUCACCAUGUGAUGUCUACGCAAAAGGUUGUUCCAAUUUCUUUUUCUUCUUUCAUGUUCAUUGUCAUUUCGUAAAAUUCACUUUUAAUAUUAAUUUAUAACUUUUACAAUAAGAUAUUUUUAAAAUAAAAAUAUUAUUUCUUUGAUGAUUUUAAAUGUGCUCAUUUUUAUCUAGUAAAUUUUUAUUGGCUAUAAAGGGAAAUUUAGUAAAGUUUAUUGAAGUAGACAGUGUAAAAAAUUUUGAAUGAUUAGUGGGUUUUGGUGAAUGUUUAGAUUUUAGGGAAAUUAUAGAAUCAUGAUUUUUUUUUUUUUAGAAUGAUAUAUUUUCUAUGUAAAUAUAAGUAUUGCAAAAGGUGAAAUUGAUCUUCAUGAAAAAGUAUAUAUAUUUUAAUUAGAAUUCUUUUGAUCUCUGUAAUUCAGGGUGAUCUCCCUUUAUAGCUUGUCUUGUGUUUGUUGCAGUGUAGUCUAUUGCAAAUGAACAAAAUGAAUGACAUUUCUUAUUCAAUCUAGAUUUUUACAUGUUAUCAUUAACUCUACAAAAUAGAAAUAUUUUGGAUAUCUCAUUUUACACCAUUCUUUUUAGCAUUAUAACUGUUGUUUUCACAGACUGUCUUACCCAUGUAACUUACAAUUUUAGUCAUAAAAUUGUAGUUUAUGUGACAGUAAACAUCAUUGUUGCUUUAUACUUUGAAAAUGAAUCUACUUGAUCUAAUGUGUCAAGUUAAAAUAAAAAAAAAUACUGUAAAAUCUUA